AUGGCGAUGCGGAUCGUUCACAUACCGGCGAACGCCUUCAAAUCCGUGAUAACAUACUGUACUCCAGAGGCCCGCGACUUGAUAUAUCACACCGCUGUGGAACGAUUCCCAACUGCAACCUCGAAUACGGAUCCAUAUAACUUGGAACAGAGGCCACCGCGGUCUAAUGAACCGACGCCCGCCAAUAUAGGAUUUGGUUUUACUGAACCUGUAUCUGAUCACCCAUUUCGUUCAAUGAGGUACCUGAAGAAGUUUGUAUUGGAAUCCAUGGCAGAGAAUCGGGAGGUGCAUAAGGUUAUCAUCAGGAGAGGUUCAGGCGGAGUGGAUGAGAAUGGACAAAAGAUGGAUACGGUCACUGGCAGGCACGGACUGCGACUGCUGAUACCUACUCAAAACUUCCCAAAGAAAGAUGUUUGGGCUUGGCGGCUGUUGUCGGAGGAGGAAAGGGCGAUGUUGGAGGACACCCAAGCUGUUGAAAACGAGCCGAAGGUCGUAUUGCAUCCCAGACACGACGAUGCCCGCGCCCGCUAUUAG